AUGAACGACCCAGAGGCGCUGCAGGCGUUUGCUCGGGAUUCGCCUGUGCAGAACCCACCUGCUCCACAUGAGUCUGAAAAGCGUGCAGAAGGCAACGCAAAAUUCAAGUCGGGCGACUUGGAAGGCGCAAUUGCAGCUUACGAGAAGGCGCUUGAGGAUCCGGAGGAGGAUCGAUUGCCACUGCUCUCAAACGUUGGUCUCUGCCACCUAAAGCGGAAAGAGCCAGCCAAGGCGCUUGCGUUCCUUCGCGAAGCGAUGACGCUGACGGUGCGGCUUCACGCGUCACCAAAGAUCGCCACGAAAGCAGCCGCGCGGCGAUACGAGGCUGAAGUCUCACUCGGUGACAUCGCUGCUAUGCGUGCUGCGCUGGCCGACUUGCGCUAUUACACGCGCCAACCUGGCGGCAGCGUCACAGGCCUGUCCAACAUUCCCGACGCACCAGCCGAAGAGAAGGCAUUGCAGCUAAUCGUCGCGAUUGUCAAUGGUCAGCAGAACGACAGCGGCCUCUGGCAGAUUGAGCGUUUGCUCGAGGGUGUGCCGGCCGAAGCCUGCGACAAGCAUGGCAACAACCCACUCAGCCUCUCCGUCGAAGUCGCCUGUGCAACCACUGAUCGCGGAAGCAGCUUUGGCUUCAAGCUGGUGCAGAUGCUGCUGAAAGCCGGCACACCUCCCGACGUACGCCAGUCAGGCGGAAAGACGCCGCUGAUGGCGGCCGCCAACAAGGGUCGCGCGGACAUUUGUGGCCUGCUCCUGAAGGCAGGCGCGAGUGCGACGGCGACGGAUCGUGAGGGCUUCUCACCGCUGCACACCGCAUCGGUGGAGAUCUAUGCUGACGACCGAAGGAUCGAAGAGUACCUCAGCUUUUCCGACGAGUAUAUCAAACCCGUGCAUAACAAGGGCGCGGAGGCGCUGAGGGCCGCGGGCGUUGAAGUGGACGACACGGACCCUCGGGCACUGCGCGCCGAGAACAAGACACCAGAGCAGCACAGGGCUUCGAUCCUACAAGAGACGCUGAAGGCCAUCGUGCUCGUCGGCCGCUUUGCCGGCCUCACGGAGGAGACCAUGUACGAUGUCGUCGACAACCCGCUACUCACGUCAUGGACGGGCCUUCAGUCGUUCAUUCCACGCAUCCUCCUCAAGCGAUGGCCACGAAAGGACGCCCCCUUGACCUAUGCAGAGCGCGGGGAGAUAUGUCGGCUCUGGGGCAAGCGGCAGGAGCGAGAGAUGCUCUCGCGAUGCCCGAGCACCAACGCACUCGUACCGUUCUUUGUGGUCAACCGCUCCCACCAGGACUGGCUAAGCAACUUCCAGCACCCUCUGCAGCAUACCUAUGCGUGCGCGAUCCCGGACAACGCCGCACUUGACGCCAUUUCCAGUCUCGGGAUGCCGCUGAUGGAGCUCGGCGCAGGCGCGGGCUAUUGGGGUGCGCUACUGCGCUCUCGUGGCGUCGAAUGCGUGCUGUACGAUCGCGCGCCACCAACAGCGGACGGCAACAAUGUGUACUUCCAUCGGCAAUUCACCGAGGUGCUGCUGGGUGACCACUCCAAGGCAGCGACGCACCCGGGCCACGCUCUGCUCCUCGUGUGGCCGUUCUCUGACGAGGAGGCGAAAUCUCCGUGGGCGCGCGUGAUCUGGUAG